UUUUUCUUCAAAAUUUCCCACACAUCAUUCUUAACAAUAUCAAUUUAAAAAUAUAUAAAAUAGGCCUGUGUGAUUUAGCAGUAAAAUGCUUGGGUUCUAAGAGUUUGCUCCGCUCAAGGUCUCAAGUUUCAAAUAGCUGGUAAAUCAUUAUUUUUUCUAACAAUAUUUCCAUACUUUAUUUUCCAUUUUUAUCCUUUUAAACCAUUCAUAUACUUUCAAUACUUUCCUUUUUCCUCUAAUCAUUUCAUUUAUGUAUCCAUCUUUCCAACCACUCUUACUCUCAUUUCCCUCUCAAUUAUGUUCCAACAUUUCACUACUUGUUUUCCCUUCCUUCACAACACCAAACCUCUCUUCAACAAACCAAAAACACAAUCCAACAACAAACUAUCUUCCACUUCCGACAUAUCAAUCUCAUCAUUCAUCCACAACGAAGUCUCCGGCCAAUUCAGACAAGUUUUCAAACUCAUAGACACAAACAACGACGGAAAGAUCUCAACAACCGAACUCACUCAACUCCUUUCAUGUCUAGGAUACAACACCUACACAGCCGCCAAAGAAGCCGAAAGCAUGAUACGAGUUUUGGACUUCAAUGGAGAUGGAUUUGUAGACAUUGAUGAGUUCAUGUUUGUGAUGAGAGAAGAGAAUUAUGGCAAAGGAAAAGAGUGUGAUGUUGAUGAGUAUUUAAUGGAUGCUUUUCUUGUGUUUGAUAGUGAUAAGAAUGGAUUGAUAUCACCUAAGGAGUUGAGGAGAGUUUUGGUUAAUCUUGGAUGUGAGAAUUGUAGUUUGAGGGAGUGUAAACGGAUGAUUAAAGGGGUUGAUAAAAAUGGAGAUGGGUUUGUUGAUUUUGAAGAGUUUAAAUCUAUGAUGAAAAUUGGACUUCAAAUUUAGAACUUGAAAAUAUAGGGUUAUGAUGUUUUUUCUACUUUGUAAAUAUUUUAGUUUCUUUUUAUUUUUUAUUUAUGUUAUAUUUUGUUUUUGUCCAUUGUUAAAAA